CAUAAAUCCCAUCAAGUCCUUUUUUCCUUCAAACAAAAGAGUUCCCACAGACCGUGACUCCGAGUCCAAACCACAUAACAAGAUAUCCACCAUGACUUCCGCACCUGUCGUUCUCAUCCUCGGAUCCGGGCCCAGAAUCGGGGCUUCGGUCGCAGAGACCUUUUCCGGAAAGGGCUACAAGGUCGCCAUCGCAUCCAGGAAGGGCACCGACAGCAAGACCACCGAGGGCUAUCUUUCGCUCAAGGCUGACCUGGCCGACCCGGCCUCCAUCCCGGCCCUGUUCCAAAAGGUCACGGGCGAGUUCGGCGCGUCCCCGAGCGUGGUCAUCUACAACGCGCCAUCCCUUACGCCCCCUCCGGCCCAGGACUCCAUCUUCUCCAUCCCAACGGCUCGCUUCACCCAUGACCUGAACGUGAACACCGUCUCCGCCUACGCCGCCGCGCAGUCGGCCGUCGCCGGCUGGGAGUCCCUGCCCAAGGAGACCAAGAAGACCUUCAUAUACACCGGCAACAUGCUCAACGUGGCCGUCCUUCCCGUGCCGUUGAUGGUCGACCUGGGCGUUGGCAAGGCCGGUUCCGCGUACUGGAUCGGCGUAGCUGAUGCAACGCUCUCCGCCAAGGGGUACAGGUUCUUCUACGCCGAUGAGCGCGCGGAGGGUGGUAAAAUGAAGGGGAUGGAGCUGGAUGGGCCCGCUCAUGGCGACUUCUACGGCCAGUUGGCAGAGAACCAGAAGGACAUUCCGUGGCACGCUACUUUCGUCAAGGGCAAGGGUUAUGUCAAAUUCUAAGAUCGUGCAUUGAAUAUCAAUGACACUCGACAGCAUCCUAGGGUAGAAUAGCCGUUCUGGGAUGCCAGGGGAUACGAUGUCUGCAAGGGUACCCCAGACCGCCAGACGAAGGUCUCGCCAGAACAGCGCUUGCUGAAUGGGUUCACCAAGAUUACAAUAAGCUGAAUAGAAUAGCUGUCUCCAGCCGUAGCUUCGUUGGCCCUUCUCCCUAUGUAAAGAGACCUUUCUCUGAUAAGAGAACUGUACCAAUCUUCCAUAAGUAUCGACAA